CUCCGCCCACUUUCACAGUCAAACACCUGAACCUGCUUGUUGCCGAUAUCGUCUGCCACCACGACUAGCUGAGUGUUACGAAGUGAAGUUAUCCCUAUGGGUCCUGACUGUCUCUCUAUGUCCUCCAUUUGAAGUUUUCUUGAGAACGAUUUCGGCCCAGUCUGCGAACCGGAGGGCAUGAAGGUGUAUCGUGGAACACUGGUGCACGCCACCAAGGAAAACCCCAUGGAGAUCCUCAGGAAUGGGGUCAUUGGGGUCGACACAUCUGGGAAGAUUCUGUUUGUGAAAGACGAUGACUCUAUUGAGAACCUUGCUGUGGAGAUUGGCUUCAAUCCAUCUGUGCACAACCUGACUAACAGCCAGUUCAUCAUCCCUGGUUUCAUCGACACGCACAUCCACGCGCCCCAGUACCCCAACACGGGCACCAAAAUGGACCUCCCGCUGUUAGAGUGGCUUCUCGCCUACACCUUCCCGCUGGAGGCAAAGUACAGCGACCUGGACUUCGCACGGGAUGUCUACAAGAAAGUCGUGCAAAAAACGCUGUCGUGUGGCACCACAACUGCCAGUUACUUUGCGACAACCCACAAGGGGGCAUCCAUGGCUCUGUGUGACGCUGCGGAGUCUUGCGGCCAGAGGGCGCAUAUAGGGAAGUGCAACAUUGACCAGAACCUUCCGGAACAGUAUUGUGAGGAGACAGACGCGUCACUGAGGGACACAGAGGAAUUCAUCAAUGAGGUUCUUAGCAGAAAGAACCCCCUGAUCACGCCGGCCAUCACGCCCAGGUGGGCCGGCUGCUGUACCCCGGAGCUGAUGUGUGGACUGGGAAAACUGGCCCAGAAGUACGACCUGCCCAUACAGAGUCACAUGUGUGAGAGCCCUGCAGAGGUAAAGUUCGUGACCGAGCUGUUUCCACAGUAUGACUGUUUUACGGACGUCUACGACAAGUGUGGCAUCUUCACCAACAAGACCGUCAUGGCGCACUGUGUCUAUCUGACGGAGUUUGACGUUGCCCUGAUGAAGGAACGAGGUGUGGGAGUGUCACACUGCCCUAACUCCAACCUGUCACUCCGCAGUGGAAUGAUGGACGCUAGGGCACGGCUCGACAGAGGACUGAAAGUUGGUUUGGGGACAGAUGUGUCUGGUGGGUGCCACCCCUCCAUGCUGGACGCCAUCCGCCUUGCCAUCCACACGUCCAACGCCAUCAGCAUCCAGCGGCCGCCCGACUACAGACCCAUCUCCUACCAGGAUGCGUUCCGCAUGGCCACGCUAGGGGGCGCUGAAGUAUUGGCCCUGGACGAUACCAUCGGGAACUUUGAAGAGGGGAAGGACUUUGAUGCUCUUCUGAUUGACAUGGAGAGCCCUUCCAGCCGUGUGGACACCUUCGACUUCCAUUCUAUCGAGGAUCUUGUACAGCAGUUCCUGUUCAUGGGUGAUGACAGGAACAUCCAGGAAAUCUAUGUCUGUGGGCAGAAGGUCGCUGAGCAUGGGAAGUAGGGUCAAGGUUCACGUCACAAAAAUUGGAAGGAAUUUUGAUGACGUCAAACACUGCGAUUUCCCAACUAUUCACAAACUGCAAAUUCAUCAUAUGUUGAUGAAAGUUACUCUCAUGACAACAGAUGUAAAUUUCCUCGAUUUGUGAAGUAAGGGAACAAUUAAUAAGAAGUUAGCUGGAUCUUCAUUGGCUCAAGUUGAUAACUGUCUUGCACAUUAAUAUUUUACCCAACCCAACCUAUUGCUGAUAUUCCAGAUAUCUCUAACUUGUGAAUAACACAUAAGGCCUAUUCAACAAGCACCGGGGCAUCAUGACAAGGGUUUUUUCAAGUGAUCAUGAGUCAGCACCAACCAAUGACAGUCCGCCGGUUUGAACAUUAGACUGUUGACAGUUCCGAUCACAAGACACAAACGCCCCUGACUGAGCUAGCAUUAAUGACUGUACCAGUCUAGACAUGCUUGCAUGGGAUAAAGAUCAGCUGUCUACAUAUAUUUUGACAUCAUCCAAGUACUGGCACUUGUUUCGCCGGGUCCUAUUAAUUUUGUGAGGUCCUCCUAUGCAUGCAUUUGGUAUGGGGAAUUGAUUUUUAUCUAGACGCCCUUUCACCUAAAGCAGUGGUAAGCGCGCCACUUGUCGUACCACCUGCCAUACGAACGGCAAGCCUCGCAGUUCCUCGCUUGUACGUUGGCCGUUACCUUCUGGGCGACCAUCUCUUUGGCGAUAUCCGCACCACCCC